AAAAAAAGGGGGGGAGAAGAAGACGACGGGCCGGCGGCGGGUGGCGCAUGCGUCACCGUGUAUAUGCGCCCGUGUGACGGUAACCGGAACGACGUAGAAGUAUAGAUUGCCGAAGCGAGCGCGGCACGGACUCAGUCCUCCAGCAAACUCCACCGAGGACUUGUUGAGCUUGUGUGAAUCGAGGGGUAGCUAAUUCUGCCCGGCCGAGAGGUGUAAAGGCGUUCCAGGCAGGCCGAGCCAGGGCGCAAGAACGUUUUAGCGCUGAAGAUCAGUACAUCUCUAACGGCAUGAAGGCGUGUGCGGUGAUAACGUUAGUGCUAGUAGCAAACACGGCGUAUAUCGGUGUCGAAGCAUGGGGCGGUCUCUUCAAUCGCUUUAGCCCCGAAAUGCUGUCUAAUCUCGGCUACGGCAGCCACGGGGGCUACAUGAACCGUCCUGGGCUACUACAGCAGUCGCUUCAGGAAGGAUACGGUGGCAUGUACGGGGAAGGAGUCGAAUCGACGGAAGAGCCUUGCUACGAGAGGAAAUGCGUGUACAAUGACCACUGUUGCCCGGGUUCCAUUUGCGUCAAUCUCGACGGAGUUAUCGGGACGUGCAUCUACGACUUCGGCAUGAAACAAGGCGAGCUCUGCAGGCGGGAUAGCGAUUGCGAGACUGGCUUAAUGUGCGCGGAGAUGCCUGGACGCGAGACGAAAUCGUGUCAGCCGCCGACCACUUCGAACAAGUUAUACAAUGAGGAGUGCACCAUGUCGAGCGAGUGUGACAUCAGCCGCGGACUCUGCUGCCAAUUGCAAAGGCGACACCGGCAAACUCCCAGAAAGGUUUGCUCGUACUUCAAGGACCCCCUGGUUUGCAUCGGCCCGGUGGCGACGGAUCAGAUUAAGUCCGUGAUCCAGUACACCUCCGGUGAGAAACGGAUCACCGGACAGGGCAACCGCCUGUUCAAGCGGAUGCCGUACGCCUAAACGCUCGCUCGUCGCCACGACGGACGGGAGGUGUAAGAUAAGUUACGAGAAAAUCAAAUCUCCUUUAGUCGUUGUGAAGAUACCUAGGUCUAAGUCUGUCGAUUCGACAUUAUCUCGAUCUCCUUCCUAGUCCUAACUCUACUCCACGCCACCGAUACACCGGCAAGUAUGGCGAUAGCGUGACGACAAAAGUGGAAUUUAAUGUUACUCGGGGAGAUGUUGCUUCGAAGAUGGUCUCUUCUUCGAAUAUAGCGCGACUGACAAACCUAUAACACAUAUCAUACUAAGCCGUCUUAUAGAUCUCUAGGGAUAAGGGACACGCUAGCGUAGUCGUGAUAAGGAAGAAUGCGCUGACGUCUAGGAGGUUUCUUAAUGAUAUAGAGGUAAGGUACACGAGGAGCUCGAGAGAAGGUUCACUUUUACCGGUCCACACCGGUUGGGCUUGUCUCUCGAAUUAGAGAAAGAUUACUGACGCACUUAAUUGUUCGCGAGAUAAGUCAUCGAGGGUGGUAGAAAUAAGACGAAGUAAACGAGAGGCGUGCACAAACGAGGAAGCGGAGUCUUUGUUAUCGUCGCAGUGUCAACAUUGACUAUUUUUAUUCUAUUAAUCAAUUAUAUUUUCGUUACACUAAUAGUAGGGUAUUUCGGUCGACAAGAUCUAUCUUUCGAGAAUUUCUGAAGCAGCGAAAUAAUCGGAUCACGACCGUUGACGGCCGCAAACGAGAUUUCUUUCAACGACGCGAAAAAUUUCAAUGUCGAUGCCGCGGACGAUAAUGUUCAAAUUGCACGAGAGGCUUAUUCUUGCGAGCUGCAUUUUCAUACACUUUCACGUGUAACAUAAGGUCGAGCUUUAUUUUAAAAAUCUCAAAAUUGAUAGCAACAAAGAUUAUCUUAUAGAUAAAGGGAAAGUGAUAUGCAAAAAGUAUUUUGGAGUUAGAACGUAUAUUCAAAUUAAAAUCUAAUCAAGAUCUGAAAAUAAUCGAAUAAUUGUAAAAGGACAUUCUUCAAAUUUCAGAUGUCUUUUGAACUUUUUUCGAGAGCGACUCGUUUGUGAAAUGCACAUUUCGCGAUUUUGAAAUGAUAAAAUGAAGACAAUGCAGCUAGGAGGAACAGAGCCACCGCUUGCAAGUGGUGUAUAAGUUGUAAGUUGACUCAUAUAGUUGAGGAUCGGGAGAUUCCAAUGAGACGGGAUGCCAGCGGAACGCGACGAGAGAAAUCGUCUGCGAUGGCGGAUUUAAGGCCCAAAUAAACUAAACGAAAUAACAUUUCUACCCGAGUCAAGUGAUAUUUUCAAUUACGAGUAGACGUUUUCCACUUUAUUGCUGAAAAAUGAAAGGUUCGAGCGCAAACGGUCGCGAAUCAACCGGACGAUUUGGGAAAGCCGUCAGCGAUGCAGGCUCCUAAUGAGCUUCGAGAAACCGGUUACACCCGUAAGUCCGCCAUCGCACGUCCCGUUGAUUAUUCAAACGCACAGAGAUCGGCAGACAUUUGCUUUUCUUUCUCAUUUUACGCGAGAACGGUCGUCGUCCGGCGGACGUCGUAAGAAACGCGAGGUGUCACUCAGACGGUUUUAACGGCGAAGAAGUAUUUUCUACUGGGGGGGGGAAAAGAGAACUGAAAGAGGCGCAAGUACCUUGUAAUCCGGUCGAUGUUUCGAGUUUACUCUUAGGAAUCGUACUUAGACGUUUGACUCGACUCUACGUCGAAUAUACAUUUAUAUCCCUUAUUAUUCUCCCUAAAAAGAACUUUACAAACAAACAAACGAACACACACACACACACACACACACACACACACACCGUCGGUGUGUAAAUUGAACUUACAAUCUAAGUCACAUCGUGGAGUUGAGAAACAUUGAUAAUAUUUUAGAAAACGUAGGAAAAUUAUUACCACUAUAAAAACGAUACAUAUCAAAGAGAGAAAGUCUUUCUCCGCUACCUUAUAUUCAGAAAUAUAGCGUUAUAUAUAAAUAUACACGUAUACAAUGGCGAUGGAAGAGAGGAGACACUUUUAACUCUUAGUGGCAAAUAUAUAGGUGUGCGUAUUGUUCGUUUAAAGAGAGAAAGAAGAUAAAAUCCCAAAGCAAGUACCAAGAAGGGGUGAUUAUUGAACAUCGCUCUGUUAGACACUUAAUCGCGGAAAUCGUUCUCUGUCUGAAUAAUAAAUAUCGCGGAAAUCGCUCUACUAAUUGUAUUAACGUUUAAAGGAAAUCGUAAUACCAUACUAAAUGUACGAUACACACUGUUUGUGGCUAUGAGAUAUUACUCUGUGGAAAAAUUCAUCGUAAUAUUAAUCGUCACUGUCGUCACAGAAAGUAUAAUCGUUAAGUAACGAUCGAUUUGAGAUCGAUCGCACGGUCGUUUUACGCGCGAUCGAGGGAGGUGCUAAAGUGUGUUUUUUUUUUCUCGAAAUCGCGUACAACACAACAACAGCAACAACCAAACAAGAAUGGCAAAAGAAAUGCCCUAUUCACGUAUAAGCGUAGAGUAAUCUGUCCUCUGUCUCAUUGUCGAAAGGAGAAAGAGCUCUCGGCGAGCCGCUGCUUUUCAACUGGUGCUACUAAUCGCCCAAGAGAGUCCCACCCCUCCCCCCCCGUCCCGAAAAAGAGACGAUCCUCCACUAUGCCCUCGAUGCUUGCCGAAACGUUAAUCUACCUGCGUUAAGAGAACUCAAAACAUAUCAUACGAAAUGCCUAAUGCAUUUAAGAGGAUCCUAUAAAAUAUAUGAAUGUUAAUUACAAGAUAUAUUGUCCUAUCGGAAUUAUAUUUUUAUCUUCCAUCUGUAUGUAUACCUAAGCUCUAUAUAUUUACACAAUAUUCAUAUAUUUUCUCGAGAGGGGUAUAUAUAUAUAUAUAUACCUGUAAAAUAAUAUAGAUAAUAUAUACACGCACGCACACAUUUACAUAUCAUCGCCCCGCUAUAUCAUACGUAUGGUAAUGUUCCGACGUGAGGCUUGCAAUGAGACUUUUUAUCUAUCGUUCCAAUUUUUCUCGUCUUGCAGACGUGCCGUUGUUUAAUUGUUUCAAACGCGGAUCGACGGCCGGCCGGUUUACGGCUUAUACGCGACGUCUCGUUCAAUCAACGCCACAAUUCCGAGUAACUUUUCCCGAAAGAUGCGAACGUUCGAUACGAGAUAUCUCAGACCUGAGAAACUCUCCGAGCUCGUUUUCAUCUAAUCGCGCGCAAUGCCGUCAGAUUUGCGUCGUGUGAAAUUCAUUGCGCACGCAAAUAUUAUACAAUACGUUAAGUUUGAACUUUGUUAUCCCGCGCGAGCGCGUAGAGAUAUUUUCCUACUGGAUGUCUUCGGUACGUAAUUAUUUAUGGCAUACGUCGUAGGACACAUCCCCUCCUUAGAUAUAAAGCAAUGCUAUAUAAUUGUCUGCGAAUAUUUUAUAUAUUGUACUCCGUAAUUUAAUUUCACAACGCAUCUUCUUGUAUCGAAGUUUCGGUUUCUCUGCCUGAAUAUCUUCUUUCUCUUGCUAAUCUAAUUAGUCGGGCUAAGGAACUGGACUAAGGAAGUGUAUUGUGAACUGCACACACACAAAAAAAAGAUACAUAUCAUAGCUUGUAAGAGUCUUUGCCUUGUAAGGAAGUUCAGACGCAUGUUCACAAAGCACAGAAAAGUGGCGGCAAAUAUAUACAUAAAUAUAUACUUAUAUAUAUAUGUAGUGUAUACGACCUGCCGCAGAUUUUAAGGGAAAUUCGGCCGUCUGGCCUUGAGUCGAAAGUACCUCUGCCGAAAGAGUUAAUCCCAGCGCAAAAAAAAAAACAACUUUAUGUGUUUGUGACGUAUAUGUAAAUGUAUCGUUCAAAAUUACAGUAUUUAAAAAAAAGAGUUCUAAUAGCUAAAUGUGAAAUACACGAUGGUGCAUAUGAAAUAAACCGAAUAUAUUUCUGUCA